AUGGAGCUGAGAAAGCACCAAGCACUCGAAGCGGAGUUGACAAAGUACCAAGUGCUCGAAGCGGAGUUGACAAAGUACCAAGUGCUCGAAGCGGAGUUGACAAAGUACCAAGCGCUCAAAGCGAAGCUGACAAAGUACCGAGCGCUCAAAGCGGAGCUGACAAAGUACCAAGCAGUCGAAGAAACAUCUCCAGAUCCCGCGGUUGAAGUGUGUGAAUCCUGCCGAAGAGCGUGGCGCCUAAACUGCACCGAUCCUCACAUCUAUGCCGGCCAGAGCGGCGGAGAAAUAGCCUCCUCGUCCCGGGCGUUUCCUUGUCUCAUACGGCUCUUCUGUGGGCUGGCAUCUCUGCUGGUUCAUCAAGCGACUCAUGCAGGAUCAUUGCCCAAACCAGGACCAAACCCAGUGCCAUCUACACCCAUGUACAUCUGUGACUGUGGAGAAGAGUUUUCGGAUUUCAGUGUAAUGAUGGAACACAAACGGUCUCAUGUGUCCGAAGAGCAGGAGACGCAGAAAUUACAUAAUGAUGAGGUGAACACACUGAGCGACUCGACUGUGGCACCGACUGAGAAAGAUGAUGGAGAGAAGGCUCCUGCUGCUGCGGUGGCUGCUGCUAAUGCUAAUGCUGCUGUUGGAACUUCUGCCUGUGAACUGCCCCCAAGCAAGAACACCGGAGAAAAUGCAGACAAGAAAGAAUCUGCAGUUCAAGUGGAAGGAAACUCUUCCCAAAGUGUUGGUGUUGGGACCAAGAGCAUCAAAGUAGAGGACACCUCAGACCAGGAAUAUGAAAACGAACUAAGAGUCACCUGUGAGUGUGGCAUGGGCUUCACAUCUCCCAAACUUCUGCUGGAGCAUCUACAGAAACACGCUCAAGAGUCCUACACCUGCCCCACCUGCGGAGUCACGGUCAACUCAUGGGCCGAUUAUGAGAUCCACCUGCAGCUGCACAUGCACCCACAGCACCAUAAACGACCACAACCUUUACUGCUGCGAAUUAAGCAGCCCACAGCAAGCGAGCUCAGGCAGCAGAGCAUUGAGGCGCCUCUCUGGUCCCCUGCGGAGGGUGAAACGUAA